AUGUCAAUCGUCACCACCAGCAAUAGAAUCGCAUUAUCCGCCAUCGAAGACAGUCAAUUGAACUCGUCUACGCCCAUCACCGACAGGUACAAGUCGAAGGUGCCGUUUCAAGAUGAGAAUAGCUGUCUUCUAACGUUGACCCCCAGCAAAUACAAGAGGAAAACGCCAGAGUUGUUUGCCAGAUCUUUUUCGAUUGAAAAAUCCGCCACCUACUACAACAAAACCACCCCGGCAUUGAGAUCCAAGAGCUUUGCCAGCCUCACCCCAACCACUCCACCAGACCAAUCGCCAUCUUUGCAUUUAAAGUCCUCUCUGUCGGCGUUCAAAAAUGACGCGGCGGGCUUGGCUGCCACCAAGUUGCGAUUGAAACUUCAAUUUGCUCUCCACAAGGUCAACCAGAGCAAGAAGAAGAAAGCCACUGCAAAUAAAGUGACAAAGCCUCACAAUGAUAAUAGCAAUAAUUUAAACAGUAAUAGCCAUCAUCACCAUCACCAUCGCCAUCGCCUGAAAGGUCCCAUAUUCGUGACUAGUCCUUCCUUGAACGUGCCCACUGCCAACGCGUCUACUUUCAACAAUUGCCACUACACCACUUCCACUAUGCUCGCAUCCUUGCCCACACCGCCCGAGCAACCAAUUAGCAACUUCUAUACCAAGUCAAUCAAUGUCAAUUUGCAAAGUUCUGGUAAAAAAAAUUCCGCGCAUUCUGCGGCGGCCUCCUUGUCCAAAGUGGCUGCGAACAAAACGAAAAAAAGAAACCAAAAGCUUAAACUAUUUCAAAUCAAAAAGAGUAGCAUCCAUUACUCGGGAACCAAAAAAAACCUACCAUUAUUGGUGAGCCAAAAUAACGAUCCUCAGGUGACAACGUCGAGCUUGCAGUUACUUUGUCAACCGUCGGUUUUGGAGUCCAAGCCCAAGCCUAUCGAACCGGCAAACUUGAACAUCCAACCACCCCAAUGCAACAUCUUGCCGUCGCUACAAGUGAAUGGCUUGCACUUUAGAGACCACAACAAGAACGAAGUCAUCAAUUUGCCCUCGAUCAACAAUAUACUAAAGACUCCAUUAAGACAUACCAAUUUCGCCAGAUCGUUUAGAUUUCAGCAAUCGUUUAAUGAUGCUGCUCCCACGGUAAUAGCGUCGCGCACUCCCACCAUGGUGGAUGAGACCACAAUUGAAGAAGAUAACGACAUGACCUUGUUGCAAAACUCCACGUUGUACAACUCCACCGUCGACCAGGGCCAAAACGACACCACCAUCAAUGUCAAGGACGACGACGAGACAAGAGACGAGGUAGAUAACGGAGAAGAAGGAGAAGACGAAAAAGAAGGAGCAAAGGGGGUAAAAGGCAACGGUGAGAAUGAUGAUGAUGAUGACGACGAGGACGAUGAUGAGCAAAAGAAAACCGUCUUGACUUCUUCACCUUUUAAUAAUCAUCUUGGAACCCCGAAAAGUUUCAGUGUCGCCAAGUCUUUAUUGCAGCUUGGUGGCCAUAGGAUGUGA